AUGCCAAUCCGCAAACCCCCCGUGCCUGCCACCCAGUACAAAGAGCCCUCCGAGGCCUCCGCGCCCCUCGGCUUGGCGUCCUCAAUCACCAACGGAAACACCGCGGACGGCGGCAUCCGCUCCGUCACGUACAAGUCCGUGUAUGCCGCGCAGCUCACCGAGGAGCUAGAUAUGGCGCGCCGGGCCGUGGUGGCCGGCGACGCGCACUUGACCCGUGUGGUCCACACGCCGUACGCGACCGCCGCCACGGUCGCCCGGCUCCAGGAAGAAGUGGCCGCGCUCCAGCACGUACCGGCGCCCGAGCCGCGUGCCGACGACACGGCCGACUUGAACACGCAGAUUGAACACGAGUUGCGCGGCUCCGGUGCCUUCAGCGCGGCCUUGGCGGGCCGCGUGGCCGCUGUUGUGGGCGGGGCCAGCGCGCUCAACCGCCGGCACAACAUGGGACCUGUGGCCAUGCCUACGCGUGCCCAUGCAAUGGAGGACGUGCCUGGCUUCGAUACGCUGAUCUACGCCCGUGCCGUGGAGCGCCGCCGCGAGGAGGCGCAGCAGGAGGCCGAGCGCCAGAGGCUCCUCUCCGAGCAGGAGCAGCAGCAGCAGCAGGAGCAGCAGCAGCAGCAGCAGCAUGAACAGGACGCGCAGCAGCAGGACGAGCUCCAUGCCCACGCGCUCCUUGCCGACCAGGCGCCGGUCUCCGUGGAUGCCGCGGCGCCGCCAAUGCAUCUCCCCGACCCGUCGUUGGAGGAACUUUCGUACGCAAUGGACUCCGAGGUGCUGAUGGCCGCGGGCUACGCGGACGCGUACAUCCCGCUGCCGCAGCUCCCAGACCAGCUCCCGCCCAUAGACCAGCUCGACGCGGCGUACUUGCAGGGCCCGGACCAAUAG